UUGUCCUCUUCCAAUUAAAUAAUUAUUUUUUUUAUAUGAUAAAACAAUAUUUUUUGAAGCCCACAGCAGGACUCCUUUAUAAAAAAUGGAAAAAGAAAAGCCCACAGCCUAAACCAGCACGGUUUUGAUUUAUACAGUCCCUUCGUCCCCAUUUCUCUAGCAGCCGCCGGGGCCGGUGGAUCACCUCGACUCCGAUGCCAAUUAUAGAAAAACUAAAUCUGGAGAAAAAGGUGGAUGUCCAGAAAUGCAAUCGUCGCAGUCGCCCUUAUUACUUCAGGAGAUGUAAACACAAAUGUUUGAGUUCGACGACAAGUAUAGAGUCUCUUCCGGAUGAAAUCGUGUUCCAGAUUCUUCUACAGCUCGAAGCUGAAGAAAUUUACGAAUCCGCCAUGCUCGUUUGCCGCAGAUGGUACAAAAUAAUCCACACACAUGAUUUCAUACAGGAACACCUUAAGCAUUCAAGCCCCGGACUUCUGAUCCAGGACUGGACAACUUCGGAAGAUCCAACUUUCGUGACACUAAGUAGAGGAGGCAAAGUCAAUAACUUCAAAUUCAAGUUAAAAUCCAAGUACCGUCUGAAUCUCAAUUCCAAAUAUUGGGCUACUUUUAAUGGCCUGGCAUUGGAGGAUUACCCCUCGAAGGGAAACAACCUUCACAGAACUGUUUUCGUUGUGAAUGACACGACUAAUAAACGGAUUGCAGUCCCUCAAUUUUCUGCUCAUCAACAUGCGUGCCACUAUUUUUCGUGUCUAGGAUAUGCUCCGGCUUCAAAGGAGUAUAAAGUUGUCCACAUACACAGCUACCCCGGGUCGAACAAUUUGAGUAUACAAGGAUGUGCUAUAUUGACUUUGGGAGUUGGCAAGUCUUGGAGAUGCAUUGACACCCAACACAUACCUGCCACAGCUGUGCACCUUCUCGCCUAUAGACCAUUGAUUACUGAAGGAUUUGUGCAUUGGGGUGGGUGGUUCAGUACUUGUUUCUUGAGUUUGAACUUGGAGAGUGAGAUUUUUACAGAGACUCCCAUUCCUCACGAUAUUUAUGUAGAUCGAAUAGUAUAUAAUUAUUAUUUUUCGACGUGGAGAUCUGUGACUCUGAUCAAUGCCACGAGGCGCGGAUUUUCUUGGGAUAUUUGGGAGAUGAAGAAACCUGGGGAAUGGAAGAAGGUGCUCAAGAUUGACUUGGAUGCUCAAAAGUGCAAAAUAGAGAAACACUGGGGAUGUACUCUUCUCAACGGACUCAUACCGGCUGGUUGGUUAAAUUACAUGGAUGUGUUCGUGUUGAGUGUUUGGGAGGUUCGAGAUAAGGCUCUUGUGCUCUAUGAUGUUCGAACACGGGAAAUCGAGUGUCUUGACUUGGACUGCAUUGGUGAUUUGUCCAUCUAUUGCCUUCAUAGAAACAGCCUCGUAUGGUUAGAUCAUACUUGGAUGGAUUCCGCCUCUAAGUCGAAUUAGAGCCAAUGGUGGUUGCUUGCUUGUGGAAUUUUCAUUUUGCCGUGUAUUCUAUUGUGUAAGAUUUUAAUUUAAUCAAACUGGUAAUUUCGAUUAUAACGAAAGAAAUAUUAUGUUAUAUGCAUUCAUUUCCUGUCGUA